GGAGUGGCGAUAGUGAGCAAAUAGAUUGGAUUUGCCGAGCGCCAGCGAGCGACGAAGAAGACACCAAAGCGGAAGUUGCUCUUAAUGUUGUUGUGAUGGCGCCUCACAUGUAAACGAAGCAACUCUUGCAUUUUCAUUCAAAACAUUUGUGAGGACUAUUGAGGUUGCAGUCUGGGUUAAGCUGGCUCCUCAGCUAUCCACAAUAAGCGAAAAUGAGCACUCAAUACAGCAUCCUUUUCAAACAAGAGCACGCACACGACGAUGCUAUCUGGACAGCAACAUGGGGUAAAAGCGAAGCAGACGGAUCUGAAACGAUCGUCACCGGUUCACUAGACGACAUGGUCAAAGUGUGGAAAUGGUCAGACGAGAAGCUGGAGCUGCAGUGGACGCUUGAGGGCCACCAGCUGGGCAUCGUGUCUGUGGACAUCAGCCAAAAUGGAGCGAUCGCCGCCUCCAGCUCCCUCGACGCACACAUCCGCCUCUGGGACCUGGAAUCCGGUAAACAGAUCAAGUCCAUGGAUGCCGGGCCAGUUGACGCCUGGACGGUGGCCUUCUCCCCGGACUCCAAGUACAUCGCCACAGGAAGCCACCUGGGCAAGGUCAACAUCUUCGGCGUGGAAAGCGGAAAGAAGGAAUACUCUCUGGACACUCGGGGGAAAUUCAUCCUCAGCAUAGCUUAUAGCCCUGAUGGUAAAUAUUUGGCAAGCGGGGCGAUAGACGGGAUCAUCAACCUCUUUGACAUCGCCACCGGGAAACUCCUCCACACGCUGGAAGGUCACGCCAUGCCCAUCAGGUCGCUGACCUUCUCUCCUGACUCUCAGCUGCUGGUCACGGCGUCCGACGAUGGUUACAUCAAGAUUUACGACGUGCAACACGCCAGUCUGGCGGGAACUCUGAGCGGACACGGAUCCUGGGUGCUCAACGUGGCCUUCUCCCCUGACAACACACACUUUGUCUCAAGCUCCUCAGACAAGAGCGUGAAAGUUUGGGACGCCAGCUCCAGAGCGUGCAUCAACACCUUUUUUGACCACCAAGACCAGGUGUGGAGCGUCAAGUACAACAGCAACGGCUCCAGGAUCAUCUCGGCCGGCGACGACCGUGCCAUUCACAUCUACGACUGUCCAAUGUGACCCGGGACAAAACACUCGUCAGUGAGGAGGGGAGAGGGUAGUUGUCGCGAAACUUUUUGCACUGGCUCAUGACAGUACAAUAAAAUGGGUUUUUUUUGUACUA